AAUGAAAGCACAACGUCACGUGAAAUCAGGACAGACUGCGAUUCAACAGACGGGAGGGGUAUUUUCCGAGGGGCUCGUGAAGGCGGCAUCAGUCUCCUGGAUCCUGGGUGUGUGCAGGCAGUUCAAUCUAGAGACUGAGGGAGAAAGCACCAGGAAUAUCUCAACGUGAGUCCAGCUGAACCUGUCAUCUGUCACCUUGUUUGAAAACGUAUUCUCCUUCUCCACCGGACGGACCGAGAAUGGGAAACUAUCCGAGCUAGUUUCUGAAGGGGACACACAUUCAGGGGGAGCUGUGCUAAAACUGUCAGGUUGAGCCUUCAGGCACACCAUUUACCUCCAGAGAAGGAACCGGAGCACAGUGGAGAUGCAGACCUUCCUGAAAGGCCGGAGAGUCGGCUACUGGCUCAGCGAGAAGAAGAUGAAGAAGCUGAAUUUCCAGGCCUUUGCUGAUUUGUGCAGGAAAAGAGGAAUAGAAGUUGUUCAGCUGGACCUCAGCCAGCCUCUGGAGGAGCAGGGUCCCCUGGACGUAAUCAUCCACAAACUGACUGACCUCAUCCUGGAGGCUGACCAGAAUGAUUCACAGGCUGUUCUACUGGUGCAAAGAGUACAGGACUACAUUGAUGCCCACCCUGAGACCAUCGUCCUGGACCCCCUUCCAGCCAUCCGAACUCUGCUGGACCGCUGCAAGUCCUACCAGCUCAUCCACAGGAUAGAGAGCUGUAUGCAAGAUGAAAGGAUUUGCUCUCCUCCGUUCAUGGUCCUGAACACGGAGUGCAGCCCAGAUGUGCUGGAGCAGAUCAAGAGGCAAGGACUCACAUUCCCCUUCAUUUGCAAAACACGGGUUGCUCAUGGAACCAACUCCCACGAGAUGGCCAUUAUCUUCAGUGAAGAGGACCUAAAGGACGUAAAGCCUCCUUGUGUGAUCCAGAGCUUCAUCAACCACAACGCAGUGCUCUACAAGGUGUUUGUGGUGGGGGACUCCUACACCGUGGUGGAGAGACCUUCACUGAAGAACUUCCCUGCUGGACCUGCAGACAGGAAAGCAAUUUUCUUCAACAGCCACAAUGUUUCCAAACCAGAGUCGUCCUCAGACUUGACCACGAGAGAGAAUGUAGAGGGAGUGUCUCAACCACCCAGUGAUGAUGUCAUCAGAGAGUUGUCCAGGUCAUUGCGGCAGGCGCUGGGCGUGUCCCUGUUUGGCAUCGACGUUAUCAUCAACAACCAAACAGGCCAACAUGCCGUCAUCGACAUCAAUGCAUUCCCUGGUUAUGAAGGCGUCCCAGAGUUUUUCAAUUACCUCCUGAACCACAUCACCAGCGUGCUUCAGAGCCACAACCCAGACUUCGCCCCUGCCAGCGAGCAGCCCAAAAGCCUGCCGGUGAGCACCACGGUACCGAACGCCGCCAUGCCAGCCCCGGGCUGUUGCAGCAUGCUGGGAAAAGAGGCCAGCGGCAGCCCAUGGAUCGUAGAGGGCGACGGAGGGCUGAAGGGUCCCCGUCAGAGACUGGGCUGCAACUCGGCCAUGUCCCCCAACUUCCAGCAGCACUGUGUCUCCACAAUAGCUACCAAGGCUUCCUCCCAGUGACUGAUCCCCUGCCCCCCCUCCGUUUGAUCCCUGAACAAAAAAAAAACGGAUGACAAUGGUGACAAUAAUAAUGAAUAAUAAUCAUAAUAAUUAUGAUGUUAAUGAUGAUAAUAUAUCUAAUCAAAAAACAAACCUUUUCCUAUAUAGUUAUUGAAAAAGAUGGUGAUUGAGUGUAAGCUUUUUUCUCUCUGCCUUUUUGUAUUUUUCGUUUCAUUUAAUGAGACUUAACAGUACUGUAAUGUGAACUUUUGGGAACUUUUGCCUAAUAGCUGAUUUUAUUUUUCUCUCUUGUGUGAGUUCUCUGUAAUGAAAGGGUCCAGAUGAGGUAGCUAAUGGGAAAGGCUGAAUCAGGACUGAAAGAUGUGCCACUAGACAUGCAAUGUAUGACCCCUUGUAUCUCACACAUGCAUUCACACACACACACACACGCGCGGUUCCACUAUGCGACGGACCGUGCCUGAGAUGUGUGUGUCUGCAUUCUGGUCAAUACCACUGACUCCUCUGCACGAAGUGCGGGGGAGAAAAGGUGACUGGGCAUUUGAACACUACUCCACAGCUCCCGGGCUGCUAUGUGACUGGCCAACUGACGGCGGAGGACAUAAUAAAGAUAGUUUUGGGUUUUGUUAGUUUGAACAAACAGGUAUGCAGUUUACUUUUCCGAGUGCCAUCAAAUUUACGUCGAGGGUAGGAAGGACGCCUGCAGAAAGAUAUUCUUCAAAGUUUCACAAGAAGAAAGUCUCCAUAACCAUGUGACCAAGUUUUUCUUUUUUUAUGAUUGUUGCAUCAAUGAUUUUAGGUCUUUGAGUGUUUUACUGUGUGUCAGAUGCCGGAUGUUAGGUGUUCAACAAACAAACAGCGUCCUUGUUAGAGUCCCAGUUUGAGUCGCUGCGGUGCAGGAAGACGAGGAUCACAUUCCCCUUCGUGUUUGUGGAUGUUUUCAGAGAAUUCCAUGAUUUCUUUUCUUUUUUUAUUCCAGUGGGAUCUUGUGAGAUUUCUCCACAUGUCUUCAAUGCUUGUAUCUGUAAUGUGAGCAAACUACUCUGCUGAGGCUAACUUGACCUAUCAACAGACUUGGGGCUGCUGUUUUAAUCAAACAAUUAACUAUUCCACCAAAAAGUAAGGUAACAUGUGUUUGAAUAUCCACCAAUUGGGUAUCAAUUAUGUUGAUAUCAUUAAAUGACAACAGUUCCAGAUGAUUGAGGAAUUUGUUCGGCUUCAUUUGAUUUAGUUUCACUCUAACAGCGAAACGUAGUAAACGAAACCUUCAGUCGAGCUUCAAGCUGAAAUCCUCCGACCUGUCUUCUGUUCCAGCUGCUGUAUUUGUCACAUGUUAAAAUCAUUUGGAGGGGAAGUGGUGGGGGAGACGGUCCAGCUCUUGUUCCCAGUGUUCACUGUGAGACUUUUUUACUCCAAUUUUGUUAAUAUCUUUGUCCUGAUAUCUACUAAGAGCAACUUUAUUUUAUUGAGAUUUUAUGGGGAAAAAAUGUUUUAUAUAAAUUAAAUGAAAGCACGGGGGAUGUUUUUGAACAAACAGUGGAUAUUUACUAGAGGUAUAAGUACAAUGCUGGGUCUGGUUGUACAGGUGGUGUCAAAGGGACACAUGGUUGUGGUUGAUGCUGUUGUCUCCCUCUAGCAUCUAGUGGGAAGGAGUGCCAACCUGCAGAUAUUUGCAUUCCUCUGAGCCUGCUUCUUCUUCUCUUGUCCCAGAGAGCUCCUCCUCGCUGUUUCAUAUCCUCCAUCAGUAGCCGAGGGAACUGACUGUCCUCUUGCUCGCUCUGUGACCGUAAAUAAUAGUGUCAGCACAGCCAUCUCACCAGCACCUCUCUGGGACAAAAGAAUACCAAUGAUGCUCUGAAAGUUGGUCUUCAGUAGACGCAACAUUUCCACAACGUGGUUAGUAUUCAGUUUGAAUCUCCCAAGAUGUAAGUGUGAUGAAGCAACAAUAAAUUCAGUAUGUAAAGCAGCAGGUUCAGGGGAACUCACUCCCCCCCCCCAGGUUCCUCCUCUAGAAAAAGGGGCAAAGUUUUUGGGUGUGUCCCUGUUAAAGCUGGAAAGGCUGAUAUCUGUGUACACCACUAUAUUGUGUGUCCUAUGUUGUGCUCCUUAUCAUGCUUCUAAAUGGGAAAUAAAUGGUUAAUCCUACCCUUUGUCAUUACUGCAACCCAGACGAUGUCAUCAUGCUCCCAGUUUCCACCUGAAUGUUUACCUGUUGGGUGUCUUGUACAGUACGUGUAUAUGCCUAGGCUUACAUCCGUACAGUAUGUUUUGUAUCAGUUCUGUAAUUGAGGAAUCCACAAUUUUGUGAUUUUUUUUUUAAUUAAAUGGCCAAACCAACAGGAUGAAAUAAACAUGUGAAACAUC